AUGGCUUCGCUGGUACCUGGGGUCCUUCUCAAGCUCCUUCAGCACAUGAACAGCGAUGUCAAAGUCGCAGGCGAGCACCGGUCAUCCCUUCUUCAGGUUGUCAGCAUAGUUCCGGCGCUUGCAGGGAGUGAUCUGUUCACCAACCAGGGGUUCUACCUCAAGGUGUCUGAUUCGUCUCAUGCAACUUAUGUUUCCCUACCGGACGAGCAGCAUGAUCUCAUACUGAGUGACACAAUUCAGUUGGGGCAGUUCAUCCAUGUAGACCGUUUUGAGGCAGCCACUCCAGUGCCGAUCUUGAGGGGAGUCAGGCCAGUUCCAGGCCGGCAUGCUUGUGUCGGCAAUCCAGAGGAUCUUGUGGUGACUAGCUCCUCCAAUUUUCUUGGAAGCAAGAAGGUGCAACCAUCCAUCAAUGGUUCAAAGGAUGCUGCUGCUUUGUCACUAGAGAAAGAGCAGAGCAAGUUACAAAAACUAAAUGCUUCUGUCAAGAACAACGGGACAGAAAGUAAGAAACCCCAACUCACCAAGUCAAACUCUUCGCUCUCAAAUGAAGCACUCAAUAGUCUUACCAGUAAGAAGGAAAUAGUUGGCUCAAAGGCAAAGUCUACCAGUGCUAGGUCGACACCUUCAUCUCCGACCAGUGUCCAUUCUCUACCUGCAUCAUUUGAGAGAUUUUCAAAUGACAUGAAACAUAGGACAAAAACGAAAGGAACAGAGAAGCCAUCACGAUCGAGGCUAUCCUUGUUAGAAAAGGCUGCUUCUGUUUUGAAGGUUACUACAGCAGGGAGGAAGUCCUCUGCAGGUAACUCACUUAGUAACACCGUCUUGAGCAUUGAAUCAGAACCAAAGGCCCUGCGAAGAAGCUGGGAAGCGAAUGCAGAUGCAAAAGGCAAAGGCAAUUCAGAUUCAAAGGCAGACAAAGCUGACAGGAAGUCCGAGAAUAGGAGCUCUUCGACUCCUAGGCGGAAACCAGCAGCAGAAGAGAAGCCAUUGCAUAAGGAUGACAGCAAGAUUCAGACUCCUCCCAGGAAGAGCUCAGCAAGUGCUCCUCCAGAUGAUUCUGACAAAGGAGUGGUUAAGCAUUCUUCUCCUAUAAGGAGGACGUCUGGGGUUUUAAGCAACCCAAAUAUUACAAAUCUAGUGAAGAUUGCUGCAAAUAGCAAAAAGUUGACAGAUGCUAGCACUUCGUGGACGGCACUUCCUCCAUCACUUGCUAAAUUAGGAAAGGAGCUCUUGAAGUACAGGGACGCCGCACAAAUGGCUGCUGUUGAAGCCAUGCAAGAAGCUUCUGCUGCAGAGAGCCUUCUUCGUUGUUUAAGCUCAUACGCGGAGGUGAGCUCAUCGGCGGAGGAGCAGAACCCGCAGCCAGCCGUCGAGCAGUUCCUCGCUCUUCAUGGAGCUCUCUCCCGCGCCAUCGUCGUUACUGAGUCGCUAACGAAGGCCACCGCCACGGCAGCAGCGGCCUCCACCGCGAUCUCACCAGAUCGAUCAGCAGUCGGCGGCGACGCGUCCACCGCCGACGAGACACUGGCCAUCGCGGCGGAGCGCCGCCGCCGGGCAGCCUCUUGGGUGGGCGCCGGUCUCGCCACCGACCUCUCCGCCUUCUCCCUCUACAACCUCAAGCCGGCACCCGCCAAUUCUGCCUCCCUACUGGCCGUCGUGCUCGUCGACGAGUCGGCGAAGCCGGCGGCGGCGGCGGCGAAGGCGUCGCUGCCAGCGAAGUCGCGGCUGUCCCCAGCGAAGGGGAAGGGGAGGGCGGGUCCCGCCGCUGCGUCAGCGGCUCCUCCUGUACCGGAGUGGGAGAGGGGAGGUGGCACGGAGGAGAGGGGCGAGCUGGCGCGGCGGCUCGGGGAGGAGGCGAGGGGGUGGUUCCUGGCGUUCGUGGAGCGGUUCCUGGACGCCGACGUGGCGGCGGCCGCGCCGUGGGACCGCGACCGCGCGGCCAGGAUGCUGCCGCAGCUGAAGCGCGUCAACGACUGGCUCAGCGAGAUAGGGAAGCCGGCGGAGACGCCGCCGACUCCGCCCUCGGACGCGGACGGCGAGGCCGCAGCCCCCGCGGCGAACGGCAGUGGCGCCGGCGGCGUGCCGGAGGAGACUAUAGAGCGGCUAAGGAAGAAGAUAUACGAGUAUCUCCUCACCAACGUCGACUCGGCCGCCGCCAUGCUGGGCGGCGGCGAGGUGGCGCCGGCGGCGAACGGGAAGAAGGGGUGACAUGGCCUCGUGGACCAAAAAAUGGGCCGGGCUAGAUUCAAAGGGAAAAAUGGGCUGGAUUGGGCUUGUAGAGGUGUUCUGGUCGUCGUCUCAAAUGGAAUUAUAUACAUAUAUAUAUAUGUGUGUAUUCUUUAAUAUUUUUAAGAAUACAUGUUCGUUUUAAAAAAUAGUAGUUAUAGGUUACUGUUAUCUGUUCAUCAGCGAGAAGAAGGGGUGAGAUUAAGUGGGUUUUUGGCGGUCAGUAUAUUAAAUAAAU